UGGCACACAACCAAUAGGAGCCAUGACGCCGACAAACGGGACAAACCUGACCUUGGCGCAUCCACCAGAGUAUACCUUCCGCGGUACCUAUUUCGCCAGGGACAAGAUGUGAUCAUCCCUGGCAGCUUGAUUACGGGUGAAUGGCCCUAGGCGGGUAGGUCGUAGCGAUUUAGGACGGGAGAGCAGCUGACUUCUGCGACUUGGCUGCUGUCUGGUCAUUUAGCCAUCCAAAUAUAAACGUGACGGGUGACUGCCUUCCUGUUCGCGCGUCAUACCACCUCGUCUCGAUCAAGGGGCCCCAAAGGGAUCCGCAGACACCGCACCGCACCUUGAACAGCUAUAGCAUAUCUUGAAGUCUCUCUUUUCUCUUCACCGGACCGCAGACAGCUUCUCUGCAAUGCUACUGAAUCUGUGCCUCGCCGCGACCUUCGGGUUGUCGUUGACAUCGCCCGUUCUCGCUCAAACCUUUGACUGGGCCACGGCGUAUGCCAAAGCAAAUGCCUCGCUCGCCAAACUGUCGUUGCAAGAUAAGGUGAAUAUUGUCACUGGCGUGGGCUGGGACAAGGGGCCGUGCGUUGGAAACACUCAGGCUAUCUCCUCCAUCGGUUACCCUCAGUUGUGCCUUCAGGACAGCCCCUUGGGAAUUCGGUUUGGAAAGGCCUCCACCGCUUUCACCCCCGGCAUACAAGCUGCUUCAACCUGGGACAUCGACCUGAUUCGCCAACGAGGCCAGUUCAUGGGAGCCGAGGCGAAGGCGGCUGGUAUUCAUGUCCAACUUGGCCCUGUCGCCGGGCCCUUGGGCAAAAUCGCACAAGGUGGAAGAAAUUGGGAAGGGUUUGGGCCAGACCCUUACUUGACUGGCAUCGCCAUGGCCGAGACCAUUGAAGGGAUGCAAGGCUCAGGUGUCCAGGCUACCGCAAAGCAUUAUAUCUUGAAUGAGCAAGAGAAGAACCGCGAGACAAUGUCUAGUCGCGUUGAUGACAGGACCAUGCAUGAGCUAUAUCUUUGGCCGUUCGCAGACUCUGUCAGAAGUGGCGUCAGUAGCGUUAUGUGCAGUUAUAAUAAGAUUAACGGUACUUGGGCAUGUGAAAAUGACAACGCGUUGAACAAGCUGUUGAAACAGGAACUCGGGUUUCAGGGCUACAUCAUGACUGAUUGGAACGCCCAGCACUCGACUGUUCAGGCUGCCAACACAGGCCUCGACAUGACAAUGCCUGGGUCGGAUUUCAACGGGGGCACUAUCCUUUGGGGACCAGAGCUUACUAAAGCAGUAAACAAUGGACAGGUAACCCAGAGCCGUGUGGACGACAUGGUCAGACGUAUUUUGGCCGCGUGGUAUCUCGUGGGUCAGGAUACUGGGUACCCCCCCAUAAACAUCCAGGCCAGCGUCCAGGGUGACCACAGGACUAACGUGCGAGCCGUUGCGAGGGAUGGGAUUGUGCUCUUAAAGAACACCGGCUCCAUCCUCCCACUCAAGAAGCCAACGAAGCUCGCCCUCAUUGGCUCCGCAGCUGUCGUUAAUCCAUCCGGGGCCAAUGCUUGCACAGAUCGGGGCUGCAACACUGGAAGUCUCGGAAUGGGCUGGGGAAGCGGGACAUCCGAAUAUCCCUAUCUAUCGGCACCGUACGACGCACUGAAGACCAGAACUUCAGCCGACGGCACGACUUUGAGUCUCAGCAGUAGUGAUAGUACGGGCAAUGUGGCCAGCACGGUAUCCGGUGCUGAUGCUGCCAUUGUGGUUAUCACUUCGGAUUCUGGUGAAGGAUACAUUACCGUCGAAGGGAAUGCCGGGGACAGAAACAAUCUUGAUCCCUGGCACAAUGGUAAUGCCCUUGUCCAGGCAGUGGCAGCAGCCAACAAGAAUACCAUCGUGGUGGUCCAGAGCGUUGGCCCAGUCAUACUUGAAAGCAUCCUAGCACUAGACGGUGUCAAAGCAGUUGUGUGGGCAGGACUGGGUAGUCAAGAAAGUGGCAAUGCGCUCGUUGAUAUCCUUUACGGCUCCACCAACCCCAAUGGAAAGCUCCCCUACACUAUCGCCAAGUCGGCCACAGACUACGGAACAUCUGUAACUUCCGGGGACGACUCAUUUCCCGAGGGUCUAUACAUCGACUAUCGCCACUUUGACCAAGCCAAUAUUGCACCUAGAUACGAGUUUGGAUAUGGACUCUCUUACACGAACUUUUCCUAUUCCAAAUUGUCGGUCACAUCGACAGCGGUAUCAGGCCCUGCGACUGGACCCGUUGCACCGGGUGGGCGAAGCGACCUGUUCCAGGAUCUUGCCACCGUGACAGCAACAAUUACCAAUAGUGGCUCCGUGGCUGGCGCUGAGGUUCCCCAGCUUUAUCUAACUCUACCGUCUGGUGCACCUGCUGCUCCACCGAAACAGCUCCGCGGCUUUACCAAGCUGUCCCUCCAGCCGGGUGCGAGCGGCACUGCAACUUUCAAUCUACGGAGGAGAGACCUAAGCUACUGGGACGUCAGAAGCCAAAAUUGGAUCGUGCCAAAAGGGAACUUUGGUAUCAGUGUUGGGGCUUCGAGCCGAGAUGUGAGGUUGAACGGCAGUAUCGUCGUGUCAUGAAGGCAACCUUGGAACUUAUGAGCAUGACGCACUAAUCACACUUCACUGAUCGGCUUCAAGCUGUCUCAGCAGGAAGGAGUGUAUAUUAGUAGACGGGGCUUCGGCGACACUAUAUUCUUCCCAUCUACUAUCUAUCAAUCUACCUA